AGAGCUAAGAAAGAAAGAAAGAGAAAUACGAUGGAAAAGCAACCGGAGAAGCCGAGAGAGGAUGCCCAUCACCACCACCAGCAACGGCAGCAACCGCUUCAUAUCUCCCAAAUGGAACCAGUGACAGAAGGUGCCUACGGUGGUGGAAUGUACGGAACGGAGGUUGGACAACCGAAGCAACCGGUGAAGCCACCAGCCAGCGACACCCAAGGCGCAGAUGGGCCAGUUGGGCCCAACAUCGAACCCAAGCACAAGCCCCCUCCUUCCUCCGGGGAUCGAGACAUCGACAUCACCGGCCAAUCUUACAUACAAUAGUGUUAGAAUUAAAAACCACCGCUCUUUUUUAAGGUUGUGUUUGGUAUCUAUUCUUGAAAUAGAUUCUAUUUUGUUCAAAUCAUGUUCAUUUAUCUUUCUUAAGGUUGUGUUUGGUAUCUGUUUUUUGUAAUAGAUUCUGAUCUCAAACAGGUCCUUAAUGCCUGAACUGGGAGCCCACCUGUCAUAUAUUUGUAAGGAUCCAAUCCCUUAAACCGCUGGAUUAACUUUUGGUAAAAAAAGAAUUACCAUAAAAUGAGAAUUUUUGGUAAAAA